UGUUCGCUCCUUUCCGGUUAAAACAGUUAGAUCUCCAAACGAUUGCCGGAUGUUGACAUUUUUCGUUACUAAUGUACACUUAAUCACGACACCUGGUGAUAACGGUAUACCUUUACCUGGUCAGAUAAUAAAGAUGCAUCGUAAAGAAUUUGGUACGAGUGGUGGUGUGAAUCUGUUUGAACGUGGACCUCACAACCCAAUACCUACCCACAACUAUCUAAGUGGGGAUGGAAAGUCUAACAUCUACAUGGGAGCGGCUCAUUAUGUUCCGUCAGAGAUAGACUGGAUUAAGUACCAUCAGUACAGGUCCUUACCUCGAGAUACCAAACGUGAUGCUAUUGACAUGCAGUCUGAGGACCAGUGGGUGGAGUUCAUGAGGAACAGAGAUACACCUGGUGCAUAUUACCACAAGGACGUUGGUUUAAAACAGACUGGAAUUCCAGAUCUGCGACUAGGAGGAUACACCAGGAAUUUACCAACAAUGCCACCGAAAGAUGUCUUCCAAGAUCCCUGGCCUAAGUCUGAUGCCUGGGCGCCGCCGCAGAGAGCAGGAAGAGGAGACUAUUAUGGAUAUUAUCACGAGGCAAUAGAGGCCGAAAGAGAAAGAAGGAAGAAAGAACUUCCAGAAAGCAUGCGUAUCGAACCCAGAGACAUUCCAAAGUUGUGAUUGUAUCAUAUUUCUUUAUUUGUUUUGCAAUUCGUUGACUGUGCUGUUAAUCCUGCUUGUUUGUACUUUAGAAUAUCAGUAUUAUAAUUUGUUAAUGUGAAUACAUGACACAAUCGUU